AUGGGCCAAACUCUAAUUCGCAUUAUUGGCGCACUCCGCCCGCAUCAUUUCCUCGUCACUGUGCUGUGCCCGCCAAGUGCCUCGCGCAGUGCACACUUCUCUCUCAUCACCACCAUGUCACGCCCAGCACCGCCAGCCAGCAGCCUCGAGCACCCGGCGAACACACCCGCCGUGCUGCUGCGCGUCUUCUAUCUGGCUGCCUCUCUUCUUAUUCUGGCCAUCCAGCUUGUUCCUGCCCUGCGCCGCCGCUUUCUUGUAUACGGCUCUCGUACCACUCCAACGGGCAAAAGCGCCCCGAGCGAGGAGCCCGCGCAGAAGACGGCCCUCGACACGCUCCUCGACGACUUCGCCGCCAUCCAGGUCCCCCACAACUACUUCACCCACUUCUACAUCACCUCGGUCAUCUCCUCGCUCUUCUGGGGCCUAUGGCUGCGCGUGUGGACCACGCCCGGCCAGCUGCAGGUCGUGUGGAUGCUCAUGCUGCUGCAGGGCGUGCGCAGGCUGCUCGAGUCCGACGCCUACACGUCCAAAAGCAAGAGCAGGAUGUGGUUCGUCCAUUGGCUGCUGGGCAUUGCUUUUUACCUCGCCAUGAACGUCUCCAUAUGGAUCGAGGGCGCCCAUCAGGGUCCGAGACACUGGUCCACCACCAUGCUCGUGCCUGCCGUCCUGACUGCGCACGUGUUUCAGCACAGCUUCCACGCCUACCUCUAUCGCUUGCGCAGCGAGAAGAAGGGCUACCAGCUGCCAUCACACCCCAUCUUUACUAAUCUGCUGUGUCCACACUACACGUGCGAAGUUCUCAUCUACACAUUUCUGUCGUUCCUCGCUGCGCCCGACGGCCGCUGGGUGAGCUGGACUAUGGUGUGCGGCACCAUCUUCGUGGCCUCAAACCUGGGUGUGACCGCCUGGGGUACCAAGGAGUGGUAUGCCGAGAAGUUUGGCCAGGACAAGGUAGGUCACCGCAAGAGGAUGGUGCCAUGGAUAUGGUAG